GUGGCCUUCAUUCAUCGCCCACGACAUAUAAAGGGAUGCAAGUGGUUCUUGCGACCAUCUCACACUUCCCGUUCUCCAACCCCCUCACCUAUUAAGAAGCCUCUUCCUUAUAUACACCCUAGCCAUGGUCAAACCCUUCCAUGAUAUAGGACCUCGUCGCCUUCGGUCCUUACCGACUUAUACUGAGAUGUGCGAACGCCAACAUUGGGUAACUUAUGACAUCAGCCGCAUCUAUAUCUGCGGCAAGAUAAGAAAUGGUGUUUAUGACGGGGGCUUGUCUCGUUUGCUACGGCACCUUGCGGACGUACGCGGACAAAAGCCUGUGGAAACUAUGGCCAUCAAUGGAGUUGCGUGGUCCGCCUUCGGGGAAGACCGCUCCGAGUACCACACAGCGCUUAUGUCCUUCCCGACUAUCAAGAAGCUCUUUCUAGACAAUGUUACUUGCAGCCAGAAUGAAUUUGUUACUCUUCUGAGUUCCUACUCCCACCUCACCAUAAUAUCCAUCGAAGGAGUGACAUUCGACGACUUCCCCAUAGUGUAUAACAGAAUCCCAGGCAGACUGAAUCCAUCAGUCAGUUCUCUAACACUUCAUCUCGACAACUCUUCGACGCCCCUCCUCCGCUUUCUGAUGGCCCAAAACCGCCCCUUUUCGCUGUCGUCGGUGAAUUGUCUGGAAAUUUCCGGCUUGAACAAUCCUAUUCCGGGGACGAAGGAUCUCUUUGCUAACCUCGCUCCUGUCAUUGCCCGACCCAGAGAGAUAACAUUCAGGUGCAUAGCCAUGCAUGAGGAACUCCCCGCCCUCAAGAUGCCAUAUGUUUCCAACCUCACGUUUACCCUCGUUCUGGACAGGCGGCGCGACUAUAUACAUUCUAUCAAGUGCAAUGCCUCUCUGUCUGAUAGAGACCAUCCAUAUUGGACCGACCUAGACAAUGCUUUGUGGAUGAACAAUCUUUCCCGGCUGCAUGUUCAGAUUUCCCUUGGAUACAGCAUCAUACAAAGUUGCGUGCUCGUAGGGAUGGCAGUGCGUUCGCGACUCCCCCGUGCUACUCAUCAACAUGGAUCAUUGGGUCGGUUAGCUUGGUUGAACGAAGAGGGGAAUAUGCUGGAUUUGGACUAAAGACUUUCAUGAUUUUGAUAUAUUAUGGAUAGAAUUUAUGCAAAUUGAAUACUACAUUGAGUUAAUAUCUAGGAUGCGCUGAAGUGCGAAGUGCGUUUGGUACGGCGAGACAGCGCCGAAGGCAGCCGUACAACGCCUGCAAGCCCGGGGCCCACGUCAAGGGAGCACCCGAACGGAGGGGAGCGCACCCACUUCCGUUCUAUCCCCCAGGGGACAAUACUGCGUAUUGUCGUUGUGUUGGCGCCUCACGCAGAGGCUAUCACUCGCUUAUAGAGCACUUCACACAAGAGUUGAUAGUUUGUCUG